AUGAAGUUGAAAGUUGCAACAUCCAUAAAUUACCCUCAAAUUUAUUCAAGAUCUCAAAAAUCAUUUAAAACAACCUUAUUUAUUUUUAUUUUAUUUUUUGAAGUUCUCAUUAACCAUUUACUCCUAGCCAAUUUAAAUCAAAAAUUGCCAGAACCUCAAAAUUUGAGAGUAGUCCAACAGAGAACUGCUCCUGAUAACUUCAAUAUAGGCGUAAUUCACGUCAAGUUAAAAAAUUGGACAACAACAACAAGAUUUCCCAGAACUUCAAAUAAACUACAUUUUAUAUUAAAUGAUACAGAACAGCAGCAUAAAAGGCGUAGAAAUUAUGAGGUUGGUGAAAGUCGUGGGAGAAGAACAGACGGAAGUCAACCAAAUCAAGCAAGUAAUGGAGGAGGUAGCAGUGGAGGAAUGGAAAUGGAAGCGCUUUUUCCUUACUUAUUGUUGGCGCUAGGAUUAGCUCUUGUUGCCUUUUUUGUUAUACUCUACGCUAUUUUAAAUGCAUUGCUUCAACGGAAGGAUCAACACGAAUCAGUAGAGCAACGAAGGAGAAGAAGAAAAAAGAGGAAAAGGAGAAGAAAAAGGGAUUGGAGGAAUGACAGUAACGAUUUAAUUGAAGGGAAACAUUUUGGAGACGAUGAGGAAAACAGUUCAGAAGAGAAACAUCUUGACUCACUUGACGAAGGAAGCAACGAUUUAGCACAUCCCCCUCUAAUGGGUGUUAGGCCAGUUGCGAGAUGGCAUAGGUCUCGGGAUGGACCACUUGAUGAGGAACUAAUGGAACGCAAUGAUAGUGAUUGGAUGAUGAGUGGUGGAAGUGGGAUGAGGCGUUAUAGACAACAUCGAGCUUCAGGGAAUCGAAGAGCGCCGCCCCCUCCCCUUCCCCAUUUACCUCCACCGCCACACGAACCUCCGCGAUCUCGACAACUAAGCCAACAACAUUAUCCACAACACUAUACAAGAGGUCAAAGGCACAUUGGCUGGGCAAAUGAGGAUCAGAUCAGUCUGCCUGGCAUUCUCCGAUCAACUCCCAGGCCUCCUCCACCACCCCCUCCUAGAGCGCCACCGCCACCACCGCCUUUACCUGCUAGAUACCAAAAACGCUCCAGAAAACAACCACACGAACCCAGUAUUGAAAACAGUAGUGACGAAAAUGAUGAUCAAAGCAGUGACGGGGGUAAUCGAAGGCAUCGAGUUUACCAUAAAAAACGUCACGAAGAUCAAAAACGAAAUAAUCCCCCAUCAAUUCCCCCUCCGCAGCCACUCCGAAGGGAGAAUACAGACUCUACUGUAUCUUCUUUACAACGGGGAGGUCGUGCUGGAUCUCUCUAA